AUGUGGACAAACACUUUCAAAUGGUGCAGCAAAGGUGAGAAGGAAUCCACCACUGCCGAUGCCAAAGUAUGUGCUAGCAUGAAGGGCCUGAAGGCCCUGCAACAGCAGAUCAUGGAUAAUACCACUGUUCACGGGUCUGUUAAUAAUACGAUGACUCCAGGUGGGAUUAAUCAGUGGCACUUCCACAAUAAUGGCGCAAACAAAGUUAGCACGCCCACGGUGCUGAUACAUGGGUAUGCUGCCUCGUCGAUGGCGUUUUAUAGGACGUUUGAAAGCCUCUCCAACAACAUUAAAGAUUUAUAUGCCAUCGAUCUGCCAGCCAACGGUGCCUCAGAAGCGCCUGUGUUGCAGGUAGACAAAACGAAGAAGGUUAAAUCGCUCAGGUUUAAGCAUAUUGAGGACGACGUGGUGAUUCCUGUGUUAGAUAGGCGCCCUCCAGCGGAGGACAUCAAGUCGCAUCUGGAACAGUACGAGAACUACUUUGUAGACAGAAUAGAGCAGUGGCGGAAGGACAACAAACUGCGUAAGAUAAAUGUAGUAGGCCAUUCGUUUGGCGGGUACAUUUCGUUCAAAUACGCCCUUAAAUACCCUAAUUCCAUCGACAAACUGUGUCUCAUAUCUCCUCUUGGCGUGGAAAACAGCAUUCAUGCCAUCACUCACAAGUGGGAGCCAAACACUACUUACCCACUCACGUUCACUGACCCAUCCUCCAGAUACUAUACAAGAAAACUGAACGUACCGCGGUUUAUCUUUGAAAACCAACUGAACGUUUUGAAAUGGAUGGGGCCUAUAGGCUCCAAACUGUGCUCAAACUACAUUUCCACUGCAUACGUAAAAGUACCCGACCAGAUAUAUAAGGAUUAUCUUUUACAUUCAUUUGUGGGCAAGAAUCAGACAGUGCAGCCACAAACAAUCAAAGUGUUCACGCAUUUGUUCGAAAGAAAUUUGAUCGCGAGAGAUCCAAUAAUAAACAAUGUCGGUCUUUUAAAUCCAACAAUGCAUGUCAUGUUCAUGUAUGGUGAACAUGAUUGGAUGGAUAAGUAUGCAGGCUACCUAACCACCGAGUCGAUGCUAAAAAACAAGGCGAAGGCUAGCUACAUUGAAGUCCCAGAUGCUGGUCAUAACUUAUUUCUGGACAAUCCGCACCACUUCAGCUCUUCUUUAGUCUCGUUCCUAUCAAGGUAA